UGACACACAAAAAUAUCAUCGGCCAACCAUCACCACUUGGUACACUUGCUGACAAUAAAGUUAGUAGAUUGUACACUUUACACAGAAACUAUCCACAUCAGUGAUUGACAACUAGUGAUUGGGCAACACAGUGCAAUGUACAUUACACAGAAAAUAUCCACAUCCGCAUCACAUGCCUUUUUUUUCUUUUCUUUUUUUCACAUGACAUGAAGAUCAACUAUCUUCAUCAUCUGCUGGUAUAAAUUGAGAAUGACUGUGGAUCAGUCCCUUUAAACCUACCAUUGAUAUGAAUUUUUCCACUUUGAAAAUGCCUAGUUUCUCCCCCAAAUCCAAAACUAACUACCAUGUUCGAUCCAUUAGCUCGCAGGCUCGAUCACACCCAACCACACUCCGAAUCGAACAAGAGCUCAACAAACUCAAGAUAUGGAAAUCAUCAUGCUCUUCAUCAAAUGCAGAGACGAUUCGCAUCGGCUUAACUGGCCUCGGAGAUCUGUACAUAUGCAUUGAACAACUUCUUUCUCUGCCACUCACCCAACAAGCUCAAAAACACCAAAAACGGGUGAUCAAAUUGUUAGAAGAGUCCGUUAAAUACAUAGAUAUAUGCAGCAACACAAGGGAUUCAAUUUUGGAAAUAAAGUCAAAUCUUCAAACCCUUCAAUCCGCUCUCCGGAGAAGAAAAAUCGGUAUCGCUAUCAACGAUUACAAGUGCUCUAGCAAGAAGAUGAAGAAGGAAGUUUCGAAAUCACUAGCGGAAUUGAAGAAAUUCGAUAGCAAAUUCGGGGUCUCUAAUCUAUCAGAUUCAGAUCAGAACAUGUUUGCAGUGGUUAGAGAAGCGAGUUUGAUCACGAUUUCGAUCUUCGAAUCGCUCUUGUUGUUUCUUUGCGCGCCAUUGGGGAGGCCGAGGACUAGAAAAUGGUCAUUGGUUUCGAAAAUGGCUAGCGGAGAAGAUUUGAUGUUGUAUUGUUCAGAGAGAGAUGGUGAGGGCGAGAGGAUUGAAUGUGUACAGGGAAGGUUGGAGGAUUUGAAUGGAAGUAUUGAAGGAAUUGAGAGUGGGUUGGAGUGUCUUUUUAGGCAUUUGAUCCGCACCAGAGUCUCUCUUCUUAAUAUACUUUCCAAUUAGGACUAAUACUGUAAUUUUAAUGGCGGCGUACAUUAUUUGUGUCACAAUGUAUAUUGUAUUGUAUAGUAAUGAGAAUGAAAUUCAAUGUCUUGACUAGUUUAAAAUCAACUCUGUUCUUGCAUUCUUUGUUUUUAAUUAUUUUCUCAUAAAACAAUUUAUAAAUAAGUCU